CAACUUUUACCAGUGUUGAGAAAGACGACCGCCAUCUCGCCAAAGGCGAGAGGCGUGGCGAGGCGUGGCGGUGCCGCCUUUUAGGGCUGUGGCGAGCUCACCUUCAAAAGGCGAGCCAAAGGCGCUAAUGGCGCCGAGGCCGGGCGCCACUUGUGGUGAGGCGACACUGGGUAUUUUUUUUUUUUAUAAAAGGCAAUUAAAAGUUGAAGACUUAAAUGAAAACAACUGCUAGGGUUUUUUUUGCCUCUCUUCUCCUUCAAGCUUUUCAGGUACACUCUCUUUCUCCUCCUCCUCCUUCUUCUUCUUCUUCUUCUUCUUCUUCUUCUUCUUCUUCUUCUUUCUUCCUCCUCUGUUUUCUUCUUCUGCUUCUUCUCCUGUUUUUUUUUUCUGGCGACGACUCCUCUUAUUCCUCCUUUUAUUCUCUUCUUCUUUUUCUACUCUGUUUUUUUUUCAUUUUCUAUUUUCUCCUCUGUUUUUUUUUUCUCAACUGCCAGUGAGGCAGUGACUGUAUUUUCUCCUCUGUUUUUUCUGUUCAAUAAUUAUUGAGUCAUUGACUCAUUCAAGUUCUAAACUUUUAGAAUCUACUAUCUACUAUUAUUUUUUUAAUUGAAAUAUUUGCUAAUAUGUUAUUGCUAGUGAGAUUUUGAUUAUUUAUAUAUGCAAUUAAAUAUUUUAAUUUAUUGGUAUUUAUUGGCGCCGCACUUCAAAAAGGCGAGCGCCUCGCCGCUCGCCUCGCCUUAAGGCGAGGCAAGCCCUUGUCGCCUUUUGUCGCCGCGCGCCGUCCAAAACACUGGCUUUUACUUAUCUGUUUUGUUUCUUUCUUUCUUUUGUGUGUGGAAUGGUAUGAAGAGAAGAUAUGAAGAGAAGCCUUCAGCGAAGUGUCAGAAUGUGAAGAAAAAUGGUCGCUAUAGUAGAGAAGAAAAGCUCAAUAGAAACCCCUCUCCAAGUGCCUCAGAUGAUUCAGGAGAAGAAAACUCAGAGAUAGCUUCGGAGGAAGAAGCGGAAGCACAAAAUGAGAAAGAAGAUGUUAUGGCUUAUAAGGAGCCAACAAUGUAUGAUAGUUUGUUGGAGUCGUUGAGGACAAAACGAGGAGAAUAUAACACAGACUUAGAAGAAAGUGGAGACGAUGUUGAGGAAGCUCAUGGUGCCUCUGAUGAUGGCAAUGAAGGUAAGGCCUUAAGGACUAGUUGGAAUUUGCAUUUUACUCUUCGUUGUUGUGGAAGUUAUUCCUUGAUGUUUUCCUUAUCGGAAACAAAGUUAUUGCCUGAUGCUUUAGUUAUCGAAAGUUAUUGCUGGAUGUUUCAUGUUCUUUAUUUGCUCUUAUAUUCCAUAGUCUUUGAGUUUCUUUAGACGGUCAUUGCUGCUUCGAAGUUGUUUAGGGAGAGACUGGGACUUUUAACGCAUAUAAGUGAGAUUGGAAACUAAUGGUCUUUCAUAAAUGUCAACUCUACAGCUGAUCUGAAUUUUUCUUUGAA